AUGGAUUAUUCCGAGGCCAGUUCGCUUGAAAGGUCCAGUGCGGUGAGGCGACCGGAUGCACCACGUCCAGUUUCUAGACGGGGUUUUCGUGAAUAUACUAACAGUGGUUCCACUGUAUCUAGAAGUGGAACCAUGAGACCGACGUCAGCGUACAGAGGAGGCACGGCUUCCCGCAUGUCCACUGCUGGAUUCGGCCCUGCCCCACCAACUGCAAGCAGACAGCCCACGGCUAUGACUGGAUUUUCUAUGAUUGAUCGCCCGAUAACACAACAAGGCAUAUCAGGGUUACGUACGGGAACAGCGAGAGGUUUCCGUACAAGACAACUUCAGGACAAACGGUAUUGGGAGGAAUUAAUGCAGGUCAAAGUGAGAGAGAUGAAGGCAGAAAUUGCGAGACUGAGCGAGCAGGCGGAUGCAGGAGAAAGAGAAAAAUCCGCGAAGAAACAUUAUGAGAAGAGAGUAAGGGAGUUGGCGCAGGAGUUGACAGAUCUACAAGGCCGCUUAGCUGAUUACAAUACAGCCAUAAGAAUCGCCAACGGAGAAGCAACGAAACAGUCUGUAGAAGAACAGACAAGGGAGCUCGAAGCAAGCAAUAAUAAGAUGCAGGAAGACGUGGAACAAGUAUUCCUUGAGAAACAGAGAAAGGAAAAUCAAUUACGACAGCUCAAGGAUCAGAUGGAAAAGGAACAAUCUACCCUAUCGCAACUACUAGCUGAGAUGACCCCAGAUCAAAAAGCACAAUACGACGAAUUAGAGGCCACGGCGACUGCUUUACGCGAGAAAGUAGAGCAAUCCAGGACACAAAUAGACCAUCUUAGUAGGGAAAAGGAUGAGUUUGCCAAAGAGAUUUCUGGAUCACAGAUAAAAGUGCACUUGUUAGAAUUACACCGAAGAUUGGCAGCAGCGGAAGAGAAACGAGACAAUUUGAAAAACGAAAUGAACAAUCGAUUGGAACCUCAAGAAGAGCGAGAAAAACUUUUGUUACAGGUUCGUGAAGACAACGCAGCCAUCGCAUCUUUGGAUAGCAACGCUGCAAAUUUAAAGGAGCAAAUUAAGAAAGUGCAGGAACUAAUAGAGCAAUCUGAACAAGAUCUAGAAGAAGGAAACUCAGAACGACACCAAAAAUAUCGCGAACUUAAAAAGCGCGAAGAAACAAUGGACACCUUCAUGUCAACUUAUGAAGAAAACCUCAAGAAGGAGCAAGAGAAAAUAGAACAAUUGGAGAAAGACAUAGUAUUUGCUUUGGAACACAGCAGUUCUAACAUUGAUUUGGAUCUUAGUGAAAUUGACUCAUUAAAGCAAAAAGAAGGUUAUACGUCUGCAUAUGAUGACAAUAAGAAGACUAUUGAGACUUUGACGAAAGAAUAUGAAAGGUUCCAAGCUAACUUGAAAAAGGUUGAAUCUACUCGUGAACGUUUAGCAACGGAGUUGCAGACAUUGCCAGAGAAGACACAAGCUAUGAAAGAUGAACUUGUUACACUGUCUGACCUAGAAAAACUUAGAGAAGAAGGUGAAGAACAAAAGAAAGUUUUGGAAACAGAACUGCAGGUGUUGAAAGAGAAACUAGUGCCUACAGAGAGUGCACUUGUUGAAGCUGCUAGCAAACUGAAGAAAUUACAGGAAAGCCUCGACGGUAAUGAAAUGUACACCAGGCUAAACGCACUAGAGGAAGAACUGGCUCAAUUAGAAAACAGAAAGACUGUACUCGAGGAAGAUAUUGCAUCUAUAACUUUAAAAGCCGAUUACGAACCUUUGAAAAAACAAGCAAUGGAGGAAUUGGCCACUUUGAAUAAAAAGCUCGUUGAAGAUUUGAAUAAAGGCAAAUCUUAUUGAUCUGUAUUGACGGAACAGACAUUAUGUUGUCUUAUAUGUACUCGAGGUGACAAUGGUUAAAAUAAUAAAUGACUGUUCCAAAG